AUGAGUCAGACUUCAAACGAAGCUCAAACUCAAUGUUUUAUUGAGACACCUAUUGUGAUACUUAUUGGUGAACAAAAUACGCCUUUAGUGUUCAACAUUUUGGCAAACAUUCUGCUCACGUUCACUGCAGUUUUGGGAAAUGUGUCGAUUCUUUUCAGCUUUGUGUUUGUACCCUCCUUGCGAUCAAUCUCAAAUUAUCUAAUUUUCGGUUUGGCGUUGACUGAUCUUGGAGUAGGACUUAUCGUUCAUCCUCUGUACAUACAUGUUUUACUUUGCGUAUACAAUAACAGAGUUCCUCCCUGUUCGGUUUUGGCAGCUUACAGCAUUGCCACGUCCUUUCUAAGUGGUAUUUCACUUCUGUAUAUCACAAUCAUUGGUCUGGAUCGAUAUCUGGCGAUUAAAUUGCACCUUCGAUAUCGAAUAUUGGUGACGGAAAAAAGAGUUGGUGUGACACAGAUAGCUUUGUGGUUAAUCAACUUCCUCCUUAACCUUGUUUGGCUUAAGGGAUUUCGUGUUUACUCAACAUUUGCAGCAGUUGUUGUAUCCAUGUCCCUUGUGGUCACAUUUUUUGUUUAUGCAAAAGUAUAUCAAGUUGUUAAGAGGCACAGGGUUCACAUUCAAGACCAAAUGGAGUCACAGAUGUCGCAGUUUGAGAAUUUUCGUUCCAAGCGUUUACGAAGAUCUGCCAUAAACACGCUCUAUGUUUUCUUUAUAUUUUUGCUUUGUUAUCUCCCUUUUUGCGUAAUUACCGUCCUGAACAACAUUUCGAAUUCUUUGAGCAAAACUAACGUAUUAGCCUUCGAGUUUUCCGCGACACUAAUGCUUUCAAAUUCAUCCUUAAAUCCCAUAAUGUAUUGUAUACGUCUUUCAGGAUUCAGGACUGCUAUCAAGAAAACUUAUCGCAAAUUUUUUUCCGCAUGUUAA